GUUUCUGUUGUUUUGGGGGAGGCGAAAUCCAGAAGGACCCGGAUGUACAGCCGGCUCUUCAACAUGGAGGUGUCCAUGAAGAGAGAUUUCUGAAGGAGACUUAUUUAUUUGUACUAUUUUCCAUCUCUAUGCUCUGUCUCCGCUCUGUCUCAGUCAUGUCUCCACUAUGAAGUGUGCUCGCUGCCUCCUACAGCUGCAGACCCUCAGACAGGGGGGCCGGUCUGUCAGAGCUGCUGCCCAGUACUGUGCUGGCCUCCAGUCAGCCUCCUCCAGUCAGACUAGCGUGCUUCACAACAGCCAACAGCAGGUGUUGAGGCGUUUCCAUGGCAGUCCGGUGCGUGAGAAGACUCCACCUGUGGAGUUCUUCAAAGUUGAAGAGAAGAAGAAAGACCACUCUCUGGUCACUCGGGACGGCCUGUUUGAGCAGAUCCCUGAAGACGCCAAAUCCAAAGCCACAUUCAACAAAGUGGUGGACAUCUUUAUAAAGAAUGAUAUCAGACGGCGAGGUCACGUGGAGUUCAUCUACGCUGCUCUGAGGCAGAUGCCCGAGUUUGGCGUGCAGCGUGACCUCGCCAUUUACAACAAGCUGCUGGACGUUUUCCCUAAAGAAGUGUUCGUACCCCGAAACUUCAUCCAGAGGAUGUUCAACCACUACCCCCGGCAGCAGGAGUGUGGAGUCCAGCUUCUGGAGCAGAUGGAGAACUAUGGAGUCUUACCCAAUGUGGAGACUAAAGUGCUGCUGAUUCAGAUCUUUGGAGAGAAGAGUCACCCUGUGAGGAAGUACCAGAGGAUCAUGUACUGGUUCCCCAGAUUUAAAAACGUAAACCCUUUCCCAGUCCCCCAUGAACUGCCUGAAGACCCUGUGGACCUGGCUCGCUUCAGUCUGAACCGCAUCGCCAAUGACUGGGACGCUGAAAUCACUGUGUACCAGUUGCCGUGUACAGACAUCACAGAGAGCGGAGAGGAGAUCACACAGCCUCACAUAGUCGGGAUCCAGAGUCCAGCUCAGAAGGAGCUUCUGUCCAAACACAACCCAGACAGAGCGGUGUUUGUGGAGGGUCCGUUCCCUCUGUGGUUGAGGAAGAAAUGCGUUUACUACUACAUCCUGAGAGCUGACCCCGUACCAGCAGAGGAGAAGGUAGAGGAGCCCUAUGAUCCAGAGAGGUGUUUUGACUAUCCUCUGCAGCUGGACUUAGACCUGGACCGAGACUACGGGGAUCUGGAGGACUUUGAUGUGGAGGAAUUGGACGAGGGUCCAGUCUACGCCAUGUGUAUGAGUGGUCAGGGCGACCAGUCCACCCUGAACCAGUGGAUCUCUGGACUCCAGCAGACUAACCCCAUCCUGGGUCAGGUCCCUACGCUGUUCCGCCUCGAGGCUGGACCCAGAGAGCUACAGGCUGCAGAAGACAAGGGGCCCAAAAAGAAGCAGAGAGAGGAACAGGAGACCUCAAGAGAGGAGAGACGGAGUGAAGAGGAAGGGGAGGUCAUGGAGGAGGAGGAGCCGAGGAGAAGGAGGAGUCAUUGAACAGCAGGAAGACUAUGGGGGGUCAUCAUCAGACUAUUUAGAAGUAUAUACUGUAUAUGUGUAAAUGUAAAUGUGUUACCAAGGAGAUGAGUCAUUCAAUUAUAAAACAGAAGAACAUGAGGAUGUAAAGGUAGUGAGAGAUCAAAUAAAUUUCAUCCAACAAAG